CGGGACGGAUGCGGAUUGGCUGAGCGGAGGGGGGCGGGCGGCGAGCGCGGUGGGAGCAGCGGCUGAGGGAGGCAGCGCUGAGGCGGCGGCGGCGGCUGCGGCGAAGGACUAUGGAACCUCCGCAGUCCUGCAGAUUUGGAAGGCUUAAAUCCAGGCUUGGAAAGGCAUUUUCCAAUCCAGAUGAUUUGCUGGCUUAAGCGCUUAAUUAGGAUGGCUUUUGAACACGUUGGAUUAAACAUGGAAUCAGUACUUUGGUCAAGCAAGCCUUAUGGUUCAUCUCGAAGUAUUGUAAGAAAAAUUGGUACUAACCUCUCUCUAAUACAGUGUCCAAGAGUUCAGUUUCAGCUUACUUCUCAUGGCACAGAAGGAAACCAUCCUCAUCAAUUUAGAGAAGAUGCAGUGGCCUCCUUUGCAGAUGUCAGAUGGGUUGCUCAAGAGGAAGGUGAAGUCUCUACAAGGCUCAGGUCAGAAGUUUGGUCAAAAACAGCCCAGCCCGGUCCGGGUGAAGUACAUCGGUGUGGAAGAUCCCCAUGCAACCAGGGAUCCUCACCAAGCCAGUUAGAAGACGAACCAGCGUCCAGGAGCACAGUGACAGCAAACGAAGAAGCUCUGCAGAAGAUCAGUGCUCUAGAAAAUGAACUAGCCUCUUUGAGAGCACAGAUAGCCAAAAUUGUAAUCUUGCAAGAACAGCAGAAUCUGUCCGCAGUUGGGUUAAGUCCAGUUGCUUCAGCUGCUGUCCCUGGAGCACCACCGCCACCACCUCCUCCUCCCCCUCCUCCACCACCACCACCACUCCCUCCCCCGGGCCUGCAACGGAGCGUGUCUGCCAUUGAGCUCAUUAAAGAACGGAAAAACAAAAAAAAUUCUGGACAGAUUCCGACAGAAAAUGGGCCAAAGAAGUCUGAGAUACCAAACAUGCUAGAAAUCCUCAAGGACAUGAACAGCGUGAAGCUACGGUCAGUGAAAAGAUCACCAGAAGAUACAAAAGCCAAAGUAGCUGACCCUACAGAUCCUGCUGCAUUAAUAGCAGAAGCACUCAAAAAGAAAUUUGCCUAUCGAUACCGAAGCGAUAGCCAAAGUGAAACUGAAAAAGUGAUUCCAAAGACUGAAACAAAGACAAAGACUGAAGUAGUGCUGUUUGGACCGCACAUGCUGAAGUCUACAGGAAAAAUGAAGACUUUAAUUGAGAAAUCUUAACGUAUUGAGAUCACUACGUGAAAGACUGUAGAGCUGUUUUGUCCGAAAUCUCUGACGUUGCAAAUAGCACUAGUACCGAGUGGUCUCGUACAACGCGGAAAAACCUAAUGUGAAAAUGUUGAAUUGAGGAACUAAACAUUGCGUCUGAGGUGCGUGUUUGUACGUGAUUUAUCAAGGGGAGUAAGUUUGACCAUUGUACUCAGGUAUUAAUUUCGUAUCCAAACCUGGCUUUCUACUCAGACUUACGGGGUGGUUUUAGUUCAUUAACACUAAGUUAUCUCUACAACAUUCUUUGCGCAUAACUGACCACCUUAAAACAUUGUGUACAUGUUAAUAAUGACAGCGAUACACCCUUAAGUUAAUCAGUCAUUUGAGCUCCAAUGAUGACUUGCACUAUAAAGUUUAGUUUGAUACUGAAUUUUUCGUGUAAAAGUGUUUCUUUUAAACUCAGUUUUAGCGAAUUUUUAGCCCAAAUUAAAACUGAACACAUUCUGCUUGAUGGCGAAACAAAGUCAAAACAUGAACCUGCUGCAAAGGUCACCUGGUAUGAGAUAUUUUAAAUAGUAGCACAUUCUUGGUGUUUUGUGGUUUUUUUCCCCCCAAAAUGAGUUUGUGAGCUUGCAAAAGUCAGACAGCAAAACCGAUCUGUAUCAUCUUGUGGCCAACACGAGCGCAUGAAGAGUGAAUCAUGUGGAGGGAGCCUCUGUGACUAGCUAGUGCAAUGAAUUUGAAAUAACCAGUAGAUAGCAGCAGAGUAAAACGAUUAGUGUCAGAGUAUGUGUUAACUAGCGUAGGAGUGAUGUAAAGGAAAAAAAGGUACAAAGUACUGUGGGGUGCAAGUUGCCAAAAGUAUAUCGCUCAUCUCAGCUGUGCUAAGAGAUGCUCAUCGACACCUUUUUAUUCCCAGUGGCCUUUGGGUCCCUGGAUAGGAUUUUAGCAGGUGGGGACUGCACAAGCCCUCACGGUCCUAUUGGCAGGGAAGCGAUGGUAGGAGCUGUUGCACAUAAUCUGUUUUCCAGGGGAGGUCCUUUGGGGAUUUCCCAGAGCAGCUUCUUGCUGCCAGACCUGUACAGGGCUGGGUCACUGACCAGCCAACCCCCUGAGCUCAGGCCUCUAUCCACAAAUGUCAGGGGCUCAAACUAAAAAUAAAAUCCAGACUGAAGAAAGCUGCUCAGCAACCAGAGCGCUGUAACUCAGCUGCACGCUCAGGUGAAGCCAAGGUUUGCUCUGACUGUGGAUAAACUUAGAAAAGCCAAGCCUGGCUAGUUCAUGUUCUAAGUUUAUCUGGCUACUGGAACAAGUACAAGUGCCUUUUAGAGCUGCUGUUUUCUAGGAAAAGAAAAACGCAGCGUGUUUUACGUAGAGACAGCUGAAUGGCUCCAGUUAGGUUACUGAAGAUGACUAAAGCUUUGCUGCUUAUAACUGGAACGUAGAUUGUAUGAUCAAGGAAGAUGUUUUCUGGUGUGAAACUUGAAAUGGUGUUAAUAUGUACACGAUAUAAAUUCCUUUCAAAAUGCUUGGCCAUCAGUUUUACUGAUAGGCCGUUAAAUCUUCAUGUUCUUUUAAAUGCCUUUAAAACACUUUUUUUGAAAGAUACUUUUGGGCUCAAGUUUUGUAUUUAACGCUCUAUAUUGCCACUAUGUAAAAAUAAAAGCAGUUAAAAUAAA